AUGGUUGAGGACCAAAGUCGGAAGAUCUUAUGGAUAACUGGCGAGCCUGGGUCAGGAAAGUCGACGAUCGCGCAUACAUUCGCAGACGAGCUUCGUCAGGAGGACAGGCUCGCCAGCACUUUCUUUUUCUCCAAGCGACACCCCAAUCGGAGCACGUUUGAUAACGUGUUCCUCACCCUCGCUUAUCAACUCGGUUUAAAACAUCCCCUCGCACGCAAAGUUAUCAUGGACGCCGUCUCCAUCGACCCUGCUCUGCUCUCUCCGGAGAAAUCACACCAUGACCAGCUGGAGAGGCUCAUUGUGCCGAUGCUGAGGUUCCUAGGGCAAAUACGGAAAGGAAAGCCUGGGAUGUCUUUGAUUGUAGAUGGCCUUGACGAG